AUGGAGAUGGCUCGAGCGUGGUCGAAGAUGGUGAUGAUGUUGAUGAUUAUAUCGACGAUCUCAGCGAAGGAGCAGCUGAGCAGUAAAGAGUGCGAGGAUCUAGGAUUCACCGGUCUUGCUCUCUGCUCUGAUUGUCACUCACUCUCUGAAUACGUCAAGGACCAAGAGUUGGUAUCUGACUGCUUGAAGUGUUGUGCUGAUGAUUCUGAGGAUUCCAUGAGUAAGGUUACCUAUUCAGGGGCGAUAAUAGAGGUGUGUAUGAGAAAGCUGGUUUUCUAUCCUGAGAUUGUUGGUUUUAUUGAAGAAGAGAAACAAAACUUCCCUACCCUUAAAGUUCAGUACAUUUUCAACUCCCCACCCAAGUUGAUCAUGCUCGAUGAAGAUGAUGAACGUAAAGAAACAAUAAGGAUCGAUAACUGGAAACGUGAACAUCUACUGCAGUAUAUGCGGGAGAAGGUCAAGCCUACUUCAUCAAGUUAG